UGUCCCCGGCGACUGCGUCCAUUGGCGGAAGGAUCGGAUUAGAGCCGCGCAGUGUGAGUGAUGCGGUAGCUGCUCGCUGCCGCUGCUGCAGGAGGAAGGACAGAACCGCUACCAGCACCACCUUUCAGUUUCGCCUUCAAAUUACACCAACCGGCUCCGUCACACACAGUCCACCGACUGAAUUAUUACCCCAAGCCGUCCCUUAUUAAGACACCGGAGGGGUCGGUUGCGUCGAAAUUAAAGAAGCGCUGUUUUAAUCCAGUAUAAGGCGGGUUUUUGUGUGUUUUUGACAGCACAACAAUGGCUCUGAAAAGAAUCCACAAGGAGCUGCAUGAUUUGGGCCGUGACCCACCUGCUCAGUGUUCAGCGGGCCCAGUAGGGGAUGACAUGUUUCAUUGGCAGGCCACAAUAAUGGGACCAAAUGAUAGUCCUUACCAAGGCGGAGUGUUCUUCUUGACCAUACACUUUCCCACAGAUUACCCCUUCAAACCGCCAAAGGUUGCAUUUACCACAAGAAUCUAUCACCCAAAUAUCAACAGCAAUGGCAGCAUUUGUCUGGAUAUUCUGAGGUCACAGUGGUCACCAGCUCUCACCAUCUCCAAAGGUACACCUCCGUGUGAAUACAGCAAUUGCACUCGGGUGCGGAUCAAACAACCGCACCGAGACCCAGCUGAAGAGGUGGUUUCGGUCCACUUCCAAAUGAACUCUGGUACGGUUCGUUUAAG